UUGCCAUUGCGUUUUAAAAAACGAGAGAAUUUUUCAGCUGUUGAAGUUUGUGUUGGUAAGAAAUGUUUUAAUCGACAAAAAGAGCCAGUGAAAUGUGUGGGUAAACGACAAAUUUAGUUGUUGUGCUAGUCACGAUCAAGUCCUACGAUAAACUGAAGGACUGAACGAGACACACGUCAAGCGUCUUUCACUUGGGUUAUCACGUUUACGCUGAGCCGGACCUUUUAGCUCAUAUCAAACAACAGUACCCGUUUCAACUUCAAGUGUGGGCAUUAUGAACAAUUCUACGGUUCAACCGCCGGGUGUCUACAGCCCUGAACCACCUUGCUCCGUCAAGAUUUCCACGCUGUUUACAGUACUACUAUCCACGGUUAGUCUGGCAGCAUUCAUUGGAAACCUUCUUGUAAUGGCAUGCUUUGUAAAUACCCAGAACCUUCGAACGAGCACAAACUACUACAUCGUCAACAUGACGGUGUCAGAUCUCCUUUGCGCAUGUUUCAACUGGCCACUGUACGCAGCUGAAGGGAUGCUGACGACAAGAGUCUUCAUCACCGGGCGUGUGGCUACCUUUGUGUGUAAACUAGGAAUGUAUUUCAGAGGAAUAUCACAAGUUGUUUCGGUCCUGAGUUUGAUCCUGAUUGCUGUGGAUAGGUACGUCGCCAUUGUGUUUCCUUUGAAGAUAACGGUGCUUGCGCGAGGAAGAAUUCGCGUUUCGCUAUUAGUACUGACGUGGAUUAUCCCAGUUGCUUGUGGCUUUCCUUACUUCCUUUACACGAAAGUUGUCAAAGUGGACGAUCAAACCUUCUGUAGGAUUGUGUGGGAUAAACUGGUACACGCCAUCUUCAACUUCACCGGAUUUGUAGUGUUUUACUGCGCUCCACUUUUUGCCAUGACCAUCCUUUAUACUCGCAUUGUGAAGACUGUCAGAAAUCGCCCCAACACUGAAGAUAAAACACAAGACCAUCUAGCCAACAAGAGACAACAACAGAACCAAAAGAUCACGAAAAUCUUGAUAUCCAUAGUCGUUGCCUUCUUCAUCUGCUGGACUCCACUAUGUAUUUAUCUGGCUCUCAAAAUGUUCCAUCCAGCGUUAUUUGUUCGAGAUAAAUGCAUGGUUAUGGUAGCUUUAUUUUUUUAUCUUUUUCCAUCUCUCAGCACGGCAAUCAAUCCUAUCAUUCUCUUCCUGUUCAGCACAAAUUACCGUCAGGCGUUGAAAAGCUUUAGCCUUCUGUUAUGCAACUUUUUCAGGUGUCCUUUUUUCAGGUACACCACUAGGCGCGUUGGGUCGUCGCAUUUGGAAGAAGAAGACAAUAAUUUUGUUAUGUCCAGAUUUCGCCGUGGAGAAACUCGGAGUACCAUUAUUUUCGGUAAACUACCGUAGAUGAAUUGUAGAGUUCCCGAUUAUUACCCUCCAAUCAAAACACAGUCCGAGCUCUUCACGACAAAUGCUACCAACAUUACCGAGUUAGCUAGAGGUCAUUACGUUGUUUUAAAUGACCGCGCGUACGGUUUAUUUGCGGAACCAGCUAAAAAUUAUUCAGCCAUCAAUAACUCUUGCUAAGAGUUGACGUUCGCGUCUUUCAUAUUAUCCAUGCAUGUAUACAGGACUCGAUUGCUGAAAAGGUGGUUAAAGACAAAUGCCAUCUUUAGCGCUAAGUGAGCUACACACUUGGAUUUUGUAUUACGUAAAGUCCUAAAGAACUCCAAGAGGUAGAGAAGAUAGAGAAGAACACUAAAAAAAAAAAAA